UCCCUAAUUGCAAGAAAAUGCCUAGCAGUAAAACAUUUCAACAAACUAUUAGAACUGUCAGUGGUGAAAACAUGCCCAUCAAUGGUGUGGCAUUAGUUCCCUUUCAAAUUGGUGAGUAUAACUAUACAUUUUAUGCAUACAUCAUAGAAAAUUUAACUUAUGAUGCAAUUCUUGGGUCUGACUUCCUAGGUCAUUAUCAAGGUGUUAUCGAUUUUGACAACCAGUCUUUUGAAUUAUUGCCACCAAGUGAAAAUCCACCACCUACGGAUACACCACCACCUUGUCCGAUACCUAGGCUAGUUAAGUGGGAAGGGUAUGACCCUGAGCAUAAUUCAUGGGUAGACGAGACUGACAUUAUUCACCUUGAACAAAACAACAACUAACGUACGAUACCAUCUCAAGGCUUUUAACCUCUGGGACGACUUGUUUUGUGAUCCGGAUGUUCAGGAUCUCAUGCUUGUGUUGUCCAGACUUCGGCUGUGAACUAUUUAGCCUCGCAUGUACCCCUCGUUCGGACACGUUAUAAUUGUGUGUGAAGUAUAAUUAGAUGUCGCACUAUGUGGGAAGUUGAAAGUGAAUGAUGAGAAAAAGAAUGUAAAAUAGGCUUUGUUAUUGUUUUGUUAUUGUUUUGUUAUGUUUUGUUAUUUUGUUAUUGUCCCUUCCAUGACACAAUUAUGUUCUUUUUCCUUAAUAUUUGGUUCAAGUCAAAUUUCACAUGCCUUUGCAAUUAGGUGAGUAUUUAUCUGUAAUCAAUAUACGGAUACAGUUUCAGUUAAAGUUCUCAACAGUGGAAUACAACGAUGGUUGCACAUGCAAAGAAAUGUACAAUUACUGAAAGACUGCUAACCUUGAAAUCAAGAUCAUAUUGAACUUAUUUAAUUGUAAUAACUUUGAAAACCGGGAGGUUUUCACUUAAAGGAGAGAGAUAUGUUAUACUCGGAAAUAAUACACUAGAAUUAUAUGCACGAGUAUUGCACGUGAUGAUCACAUGAAGCAUACAAUGAACCAUUGAUGAACAAUGCACAAUAGCAUAAUUUAAUUAACAGGAAACAAUGUGUAUGACACUGUCAGGAAACAGUGAGUGUAUUAGAGUCUUAGUGUCAGAGUAGAGCUGACUGUAGUCAGAGCGUUUGUAUCUAUCAAAAGCAACGCACAGACGCACACAAUAUUCAAAAUAUAUA